GCCAACCGUGUAGGGUCUCGCGGCGCGCAACACAGGAGAGACACUCUCCCUCGCCAGUGCGUCUUGUGAUGCUUUUGAAUGACAGUUUUUCAGCCUGAAGGGAGUCGGGCCAAGACGCUCUGUCCUCGCCGGGCAGAGCGCGGACGCCUGAUUUUUUCGUUGUUUCUGCCGCGUGCAUGCAACCGUUUUCACAACGUCCUUUUCUUCCUAGGGAAAACUUCUGCGCCGGUGAAAAAACAAGCAGAAGCAGCCCCCGAGAGAAGAGCGCACAGAGUACAAGAAGGGGCCCGACCAGAGAGGGCAAGCAAAGAAGAGGAGCAGAGAGAAGAAGAAAGGACGAAGAACAGAGAGAGAAGUAGAAAGGACGAAGAGCAGAGAGAGAAGAAGAAAGGACGAAGAACAGAGAGAGAAGAAGAAGUCUGGGGAGCACGAGAGGGGAAGGAUGAGGGCGUCUACGCUGCUUUCGUCUCCCUUCUCGAGUUCUUUCUCGGGUGGCGUUUGUUCUUUCUUGUCUCCGUUUUUCCUUCUCUCUUCUCCUCGCUGGAGUGUUCGGCGCCACAGACCCGUCGGCAGGGCGCGCAUGAAAGAGACUCUUCUAGUGGGGAGGAGACAGCGAACAAAGACGGUUCUUCUUCCGCCCUACGUGGCACCGAAGGAACUCCGUGUCUUCUUCCGCGUCGACUAUGCGACCUGCCUCCGAACGUGCGGUGUACGUACACCCGAGCCCCACCGGUACCUGUGGCGAGACGAGACGGGCGAACGACAAUUUGAGUGCGUGAACAAAAGCAAAGUUCUCGUCCCCUUCGCUUCGGCUGCCCAUGCAUGCAAGCUCUUUGGCCUGCACCCCGUUCUUGUCGACCCUGAACCAGACUGGUCUCCUUCUACUUUUUCUUCUUCCUCUUCUGUCUCCUCUUCUUCUCCCUCCUCUUCUUCUGUCUCGUCUUCUUCUGCCUCCUCUUCUUCUGUCUCGUCUUCUUCUGUCUCGUCUUCCUCUUCUGCUCCUUCGGUUCCCAGCCCGCUGCCUUCUACGAAAGUUGUCGUUCUUCUGGGUCACAUCAACCACGGAAAGACAACGCUGCUCGAUCGACUCGCAGGCACUCUCGUUGCGCCCUUCGAGGCCGGUGGAAUUACUCAAAACCUUUCUGCAGUAACUGUCCGAAUCCCACCGGCGAUAUCUCGUACCCCUCGCGCAUCCCCUUCUUCCUCCUCUCCACCUGCGUCUUCCUCUUCGGAAGCGGGAGAGCCAUGGGCGCAGCUGACGUUCAUUGACACUCCUGGUCACGCGACGUUCGCGGCGAUGCGCGGACGCGCGAGUGCAUGCGCCGACCUUGCAUGCAUCGUCGUGGACGUCACGGAAGGCCAGCGCCUGCAGACAGACGAAGUGUUGCGCCUCGCAGACGAGUUCGAUCUGCCGCUCCUGAUCGUCAUCAACAAAGUCGACAGAAUCCUGCCCGCCUGCGCCUCCCGGGAAAUCGCCCUUGACGCCGGGCAGGCGGAGGACGGAGAGACAGAACGCGAGAACAGCGCAUUCGCAGACGCAAAAGAAGUCCAACUUGUCAAGAUGGAACUGCGCAGACAGUGCCAACACCUCAGAGAACAGGGACUCUUGAAGCGCGACCUCGACCAAGAAAUCAUGGAUGCCGUCUGCACCUCUGCUCUCUACGGCUACGGCGUCGAGACCCUGCUAAGUCGGCUCGUUCUUCUCGCUUCCUCGUCGCCACCGCCGCGUCCGCUCUCGCCCCUCUCGCUCUCGCCUGGAGCUGCGGCGCUGCAUGCCAAGCAAAAGCGAAGAUCGGAUGCUCUUGUCGACGCCCAGGUCUCUCCCGCGGCUGUCGGCGUCGUCCUCGAAGUUGGAAAAAGCAGCGACCGCGGCGUCUUAUACACGGUGCUCAUCAAGCAGGGACACUUCUCCGUCGGGAGCUACUUUGUCGCUGGAAGUGCGUAUGGUCGAAUUCGGUCGAUCGAGAUGGUUUCCUCGACUUACACCUCUCCCCGCAGUUCUUCUUCGUCCCUCGGCCGGUCUCUCGCUGCUCCCGAUGUGUCUCCGUUUUCCGCUCCGCGGGGGCCGCACGCGUCGGCUGCUGCGUCCUUCCCGCCAGGCGCCGUGGUGACGUGUGGGGUUUCCCGGGCCCUCAACGGAGACUGUGGGGUGGACGACCGGAUCUAUCUCCUGCCGCAGUGUCGCGCCUUCCGCUUGGCCGAGUAUCGCCGGUCCGUCGAGCGGCUCGCGCGCAUGCAGAUUGCGGGAGCGCCCCUCGAGAUCUCCCAGUGGGAGGCCGACCACCCCACAGUGCAGAGACGCCUGGGGACGGGACGGAGACAGGAGACAGGAGACCCUGGCCAGGAGCGCCUCGCCGACGCCGCGCUCGACCGACGAGAAGUCACGCGAGGCAGACGAGCAAUCGAGGAGUUCGGAGUCGCAGCGGCGCUGAGCCACAAACUCGACGAAGACGCAGACUUGGCCCACGAAGAUGAACCAAGACGCAGAGAGGCGAAGACAGAAGAAGGCGAGAGAGCAGAAGAAGGCGAGAGAGCAGAAGAAGGAGAGGGAGGAAGGUCUUCUGUUCGACUGUUUCGAGAGGUCACGUUGGCGGAGUUCAGCCAGCCUCUGGGGAGACGCCGGAGAAGACGGUUGGGAGAGAGUGAAGAAGAAAGAAGUUCGAGAGACUCCGGCGAAGAAGCAGAGGGAGGAGAGACAUGGGGGCAGCGAGCGCGUGGCGGCCGCGAGAGGAAAAGUGAAGAAGCGACGGUCGCGUCUGACGGGGAGUCCACCGUUUCGAGGGGUGCUGGCGUCCUCGAUGAGUGGGCGCUGUUGAGGAGUGCCGGGGCCGGCAAGACAAAUGAAAGAGAAUGCGAGUACGACUCCAUCGCCAUGUCCAGCGACGCCGCGCAGCCGCUGUACAUGCACACGAGAGGCUCCGAGAGUCUGGAGGCGCCUUCGGGGAUCCCAGGAGACGCCCCGGCAGGCGGCGAAGCGAGUGCGGGGAGAUCAAGAGGGCGCAGAAGUUCGCGAGGUCGACGGCGAGACGGAGAAGCAGAAGAUGAGGACGAGGAGGUGAAGGGAAGUUUGCAUGAGUUCUGGGGGCAGUUCGACAGUCGCGACGAGUGGCACCAAGCAGUGAAGGAGAAGAACGACGCGCUCAUGGACCGCUGGCGGUCGAAAGCGAAACACCGGGCUCUGGAGAGGCGAGAGCAGAGACGAAAGGAGAGGGCGAUGCUGGUCGAGGCGGAGCGCAUGCGGCGCCACGCGCUGAAGGAGCCACCGUUGACGGAGGAGGAGAUUCGAGGAAUCAUGGGAGAAGACGAGCUCUUCCGUGAGGAGGAGCGUUUUCCGGAGACACUCGAAGAACCGAGUCUCCCCCAGAGGAAGCCCAAACAACGAUCCAAGGCGCUCCUGACUCCUGCCAAGAAUGCCCCGGUCAUUCCUGUCAUUCUACGCACCGACGUCGUCGGCACCUUCGAUGUUCUCCUCGAUGAAAUGGAAAAACUGCAGGCAGAGUUUGGCAUGCGAAUCCCCGUCGUCCACGGGGGCAUUGGCCCUGUGGUGCCUCGCGACGUAGUGCAUGCAGAGGUGGAGAAGACGUAUGGCUACUGUCCGAUCUACGCUUUCAAAGUUCCUGUGUUGCCAGAUGCAAUUAAGCAUGCGCUCGUCACAUCGAUUGUCAUCAAGCGGUUCGACGUCUUCACAGAUCUCCUCGCUGAUUUGCGGGAACGCUGUGUCAACACGCAGAAGCUGAUUGACCACAACAUCUACGUCCGAAGUCUCAAAACAGAGCCCACGAAGUCUGGUCUGUAGCCAGUAAGAUAGAAGCCUGAAGGGGAAGAGGCGCACGGGAACCACGGACCGGGAAGGUUUUCGAGGCUGUCGGUUCCUCGACGACUUCUCACUGCCCAGAAACGGCGUUCACGAUGCAGAGACAGACUUGGACCGAGAAGAACCGGGUGCGGAAAGACGAGAAAUCCGUCAGCAAGGAAGGUGUGACAGUCGCGAGGGAUGCGUGUGGGAGCAGGAAAGGUUGACGGCUCGUACCCUGCAGUCGAGGCACCGAAAGAACAGACAGAAGAGAAACCGUGACGAAGACAACCCGAGGAGAAAGAGGUCCAGGACGGAAGGCGCGCCUUGAGUGAAAAACAGCUUCUCCUUUGGAGAUUCUGGAGGGAUGUUGUAUGCAUAUUAGAUGGUAGAGGAUAGGAUAAGAAGUGCUCGUCAAGUUCAUGGUUGUUUUCUCUGUUUUGUCAAAACGCGUUGGCGUUGUCACUGGGGGUGCCUUUCGCGCUCCGAACGAGGACGCGUUCGCCAUUUGCCUCUUGAUAGGUCCGAUGCGGUGGCGUCGGCCUCCUUCUGAGCCUCUAACUCUCAAAAAGAAUAGUAAAAUGCAGACUCUCGACAUUCCAUCAAAAAUGUUCUGCUGCUCGCUUCGAAAGGGAGAACUUUGGGGCAGCAAUUGGGUCGUGGAGAAAUAGCAGCCACGCAGACGCAGGCUCGGUGUCGAGUUGUGACGAAACCGGAACGAAGUUCAACGACGUGUGCGUGGGAAGAACUUGAGGCGAAGAAACAGGUGCAGAGCUGAACGCCCUAGACGCGUCUACUGUUUUGAUCGAUUCUCGUUUGCCACCAACUUGUGAGUAACCAUAUUGUCUGCUCUGAUCUGUCCCACACACUCAAGAGGAGCCUGCCUUCGACUCAGGCUCUUUGUUCUAUUUUAGAUAUACGCAUGCCCCCGCUUGUCUCUUAGUCGCCGACACAGUGUCUGCAAGACCUAACGAGCGCAUGUCGGCGCCACACGUUUCUAGAGGUUGCGAAGAGACAACUAACGGCUGCACA